AGUGUAUGAAGGUGUUAGGUUUGGUAGCACUGAUUUUCAUUAUUGUCCAAGGAUGGGCAUCAUUGCUUGCCAUUGACUUUGGACAAGACUAUUCCAAGGCGGCAUUGGUGGCUCCGGGCGUGGCCUUUGAUCUAGUCCUCACCGAUGAAGCAAAGAGGAAACACCAGUCUGGGGUGGCGAUUUCGGCCAAGGACGGCGAGAUUGAGCGCAAAUUUAACUCCCACGCUUUGAGCGCAUGUACAAGGUCGCCACAGAGUUGUUUUUUCGAGCUGAAAAGCCUGAUAGGCAGGCAGAUCGACGAGCCCCAAGUGACACGUUUCGAGAAAAAAUAUCGGGGGGUCAAAAUCGUCCCGGCGUCGAGUCAACGGCGCACCGUCGCUUUCGACGUCGACGGCCAAGUGUACCUCCUUGAGGAAGUUCUGGGUAUGGUUCUGGAGGAGAUCAAAAAACGGGCGGAACUGCACUGGGACCAGACACUUGGCGGAGGUUCUUCCAACACCAUUUCAGACGUGGUGCUGAGUGUGCCGGACUUUUUGGACCAGGCGCAGAGAACGGCGCUUGUUGAUGCUGCUGAGAUUGCCGGGUUGAACGUUGUGGCAUUGAUUGACGACGGGAUUGCUGUUGCUUUGAACUACGCUUCCACCAGGGACUUCGAGCAGAAGCAGUACCAUGUGAUCUACGACGUGGGGGCCGGGUCCACAAAGGCGACGCUCGUUUCGUUCAGCAAGGAUAAUGAGACGCUGCGGGUAGAAAACGAGGGAUACGGCUACGACGAGACGUUUGGUGGCAAUCUGUUCACUGAGUCGCUGCAGGCCAUUAUUGAGGACAAGUUUUUAGCGCAGACCAAAAUCAAGCCAGAAACACUCUGGAGCGAUGCCAGGGCCAUGAACAGACUAUGGCAGAGCGCAGAAAAGGCUAAGCUGGUGCUCAGUGCCAACAGCGAGACCAAGGUGUCUGUGGAGUCGUUGAUCAACGACAUCGACCUCAAGGUUGUUGUUUCGCGAGACGAGUUCGAGGAGUACAUGACGGAACACAUGGAUCGCAUUGUGGCGCCGCUGGCUGCUGCCAUGGGCGACCGUAAGGUCGAGUCUGUGAUUCUGGCUGGCGGGUCCACAAGAGUGCCGUUUGUCCAAAAACACCUGGUGAAAUAUCUGGGCGGCGAUGAGCUGCUGAGCAAGAACGUGAACGCAGACGAGGCAGCGGUGUUUGGAACGCUUCUGGGCGGCAUUUCUGUGUCUGGAAAAUUCCGCACACGUCCAAUAGAGCUUGUGCAGCAUGCUUCCAGGAACUUCGAGCUGGCGGCUGGAGGCCACAUGACGGUGGUUUUCAACGAGACCACUGCAUCGCGGGAAGCUGUUGUUGCUCUUCCGGGCUUGAAGGAUACGUUUGGGGAGGUCCAGGUUGACCUUUUUGAGGCUGGCCAGCUGUUUGCGCAGUACAAGUUUAAAAACGAGCUCAACAGCACGGUUUGUCCAAACGGCGUGGAAUAUUUGGCAAACUGCACUCUGGACCCGAGAAAACUGUUUCUGCUGCACAGCCUGGAGGCCGUUUGUGCGGGCGACGGUGCUGUGCGGAGCUCUCUGACAGCCAAACCUUUGCAUCCAGGCUACAAGCCGUUGGGCUCGCUGGCAAAGUACCAGUCUGCCUCCAAAUUGAGAUCUCUCACGAACCAGGACAAACAGAGACAGCAGCGCGACGCGCUGAUCAACAGUCUGGAGGCGUCUCUUUACGAUCUGCGCAGCUACACCGAGGACGAGAACGUGGUUGCCAACGGACCUUCGUCGAUGGUGCGCGCGGCACGGGAAAUGGUGUCGGAGCUGUUGGAGUGGCUCGAGGACGUUCCUGCGAAAGCCACGGUGAAAGAUAUCCAGGAGAAGUACGACGACGUGCGUGUGAUGCGGAUCAAGCUGGAGACGCUGGUGAACCACGGCGACCGGCUGCUGAGCCUGGCAGAGUUCACGCGACUCAAAGAAAAAGCGCUGGAGACAAUGUACAAGCUGCAAGACUUCAUGGUGGUGAUGUCUCAGGAUGCGCUGUCGCUGAAAGCGAACUUUACGGAGCUGGGACUGGAUUUUGAGGAGGCCAACAGACGCGUCAAGGUCAAGGUGCCGGAGGUGGACGAACAGGAGCUGGAGCAGAGAAUGAAAAGAAUCAGCGAUUUUGUUGGCGUUGUGGACCAUUUCGAGACGCACAAGGACGAGAUCGAGACCAAGGACAGAGAGACGCUGUUUGAACUGAGAGAAACGGUGCUGGAGGAGCUCAAGCAGGUGCAGAGCACAUACCGUGCGCUGAAACAGGCGCACGAGAAGCGCGUCCGGGGUUUGAAGGAGCAGCUAAAGAAGGCCGACAAGAAGGCCGACAAGACACAGGAGGCAGAGCCGUCGGGCCACGAUGAGUUGUAGAUUAAUUUGUGGCUGUGCAUUAGAUUUAAUAAAUUAUUAUUGUAUAUUUUCAUGCCCAGCAUAGACACAGAGCUCAUUGCUCCGCUGUCGCGGAUCUCGGAGAUCCUGCUUAAACGGCCCGGCCGCGUCACCGUCGACGGCAUCAAGCGACUGGCCAACAUCUACGGGUUCGAGACGUUCUCGGACCUGUUGUCGAUGAACGAACAGAACGACCUGGUGUUUGCGUUCCCUGACGGCCGGUCGGCGUCGCCGGAGGGCCGCGACGGCACGCAGAUCGAGCGGCUGUCGCUGAGUGGCAAGAUCCUGCUGAUUGACAUCGAUUUCCAGGACGGCCGCGUCAAAAACGUGGCGCUCUCGAGCGCCAUCAGCAUCGAGUCGAUCGACGCGCGCAGCUACGACUUUGUCGAGGGUUUCGGCGACUUCGUCAAGGUGGAACGCGUGCUGUACGAAAACUUGCAGGCGGCCACGCUCGACAACUUCAACAAAAACCUGCGGCUUCUGGGCCAGCUCGACAGGCUUUCUGUGCCUGCUCCGUUCGACCUUUUUAACACUUUUAACCUGCUCACAUAUAAUUUACUGAAAGCGGCGGACGCCGAAAAACAGCAGCACCGCUUGGACCCGCAGGACGCAUUAACCGAGGCCGAGGCGGCAGCCGACCUGCAGUGCGGCGUGCAAGGUUUCGGCCAGGUUUUGGUGAACUACGACGACAAGAUUGGGCUAUUCGUGAAAUACUGGCACGACGACAGGUUUCUACCGGGCGUGCCUCAUCCAGACUACUUGCUCCAUUUUAAAAUAGCCGAGAGCCCGCGGCCAGAAAAUGCAGAUUCGGACAAUACGAAGCGCGUGAUCGAGUGGUACGACGGGGAGUGGAGGCCGGACGUGAACUUGGAGUUUCUGGUGCUGGAAUUGUGUCCGCCGGUGUGGAUACCCGAGGAUCUGCUAUUGGAGCUGAAUCUGGAAGAGUACGAGCUGCUUGGGCCGGAUAACAGCAUCUUCAACAGCACGGAGGACGUGCUGGACAGCUUCUACAAAGAGGUGAACGAGGAGUACUGCCACAGGUUCUCGGACGGUAAGGGGUCAAGGCAUGAAGUGUUUUUCCUUACUGGUUGCAAAUUUGUGAAACUGUAUAAAGUGAAGCUCGCGCGGCUGGAAAAACUGCGGCCACUGGUCUGCGGGCUGCGGAGCUGGUGUCUGGUGAACAACCUGAUCCGCAACCUGGUUCGCCGCGAACACAGGGAGGCUGAAUCGCAGCAGGCCGAGGAGCUUUGGUUGAACGACAUGGUGAAGGACAACUUGGACAUUCUCAAGCAAGGAGAAGCGGCCACAGGGCCGGCGCAGAACGUCACCAGCGUGUCCAUUCAGACGCUCGCACAACACGAAAUCGAGCUAGAAGCGAAAGGGGUCCAUAUGAAAGUUUUAGAUGGCAAAGUCAAAUGUUCAGACAGGCUUGCUGCGCGCUUGGUCACGAAAACCGAACAUUUGUGGUUGGAUUAGUACAGUCUUGGCUGGUCGUGCAGGGGCGAGUAUUUGGGGCGAUGAAGGGGCGGAAGCAUGUUGAGCACGUAGUAGCGGUCUUUGGGGGCAGAGGUCUUGUGCGAUUGACCAUCCCGAGCCCGCUCGUGGUCGUGGUCGUUCUGUAUCUGCGAAUAGAUAACAUUCUGCUGUUUUUCGCGUUCGUUCAAACGGGAGCUGGCCUUUUCAAGCUUCCGCUUGCGUUUGAGCUCCUCUCUGAGUUCUUUGAAUUCCGAGGGAGACCGUUUUUGGCCGUGUUUUUGGAGCACAAUGUGCGAGUUGAGGUGGUUGAGUGUUCCAUAAGCCUUUUGACACGACUCGUGGUUGCAUUUGUAGAGUCGUACCACCUCGUGUGCCUUCCGUCUUUUGCGUUUGUUGGCUUCAGAAGGGGGCGACCCACGGUCUUUAGGGGGUUGCGAGAGAGGUGUGUGGUACGACAGGCUGCGAUUGGCAGACAUAGGCUGAGCCGGGUACGGCGAAGGCAAGUGUGCAGGUCCUCUCACGCUAUCAGCCGACGGGGUCUGGGGGAGGUGAGCAAGAGGAGACAGCGUUUGGGGAGACUGCAUUUUCAGCGGAGGAGGGAAGGAUGGGUAUUUGUC